CCAGGUCAGCCAGUCUGGCUGGGCGGCCCCGCAUCCUCCCCAUCCGUCGCCCCUUCCCUCGGACCAUCAUGCCCUCCCGUCCCUCACGCGGCGCCUCGGGCAAGCCGCCCUACUCGUACGUCAGCCUGACGGCCAUGGCCAUCCGGAGCAGCCCGGACAAGAUGCUCCCCCUGAGCGCCAUCUACCGCUUCAUCUCUGACAACUUCCCCUUCUACCGUCACAACGCCCGACGCUGGCAGAACUCUGUGCGACACAACUUGUCCUUCAACGACUGCUUCGUCAAGAUGCCGCGCGGGCCCGAGCAGCCGGGCAAGGGCGCCAUGUGGGCCCUGCACCCCCUUUGCGGGGACAUGUUCCGCAACGGGACUUUCCUCAGACGCCGCCAGAGGUUCAAGGCCGCGCAGCCCCUUGCCAGGGGGCAGCCGCUGCUCCGCUCGCUCCGGGACCCCUGCCCGCCGCCGCCACCACCGCCACUACUGCCGCCGCGCCCGCCCUUCAAGCACCCUUUCGCCAUCGAGAGCCUCGUGGGCGACGCGGCCAGGCGGCCGGUGGCGACCGGCCCGGAGGACUUUCUCCCUCUGCCCUGUUUGGCGUGCGGGCUCGGAGGCCGACGGCUUCCCGCCGUCCCGCUGGCCGUCAAAGCCGCUCCGGCUUGGCUUCCUCCGGUGCUGCUGGCGCCGUUCCCGCCGCCGCCCGCCAAAUGA